AUGAAGGGACAGCUUGAUCCGGUCAUAGCUUCUCAACUAGACAGUAUCGUCGAGGUUCAGCAACUUGGCAGUGGGAAUGGUAGCGCAUCGCUCAACAUUCUAGCUGAUGGAAAGCAGUAUGAGAAAGGGGAGCUGAAGAGUUUAUUGGCUGCGCUGAAUGCUGGAGCCGGAGCCGCUGGCGGAAAAUUGGUACCUCCCACUUCAAAAUCUCGCAUGCCUCCAUCUAGUUGGCACACAUUCGCCCGGAUUGCUCCUUCAGUGCGUGGAGUGGUGUUAGCGCCUUUCAGGAAUCACUAUAUCUACCGGCGCAUAAAUUCCGUAUUGGAUCGUGCACAGUGGACACCUUCACAAAGAUCGGCCGCUAUUACUGAAAUAACGAUUGCAGCGACUGCUAUGCUCCGUGUGGCAGCAGAACACGUUGGUCUUGAACCAGCUCUGAGUAAAACUUUGGAAGUCGAUAAGGAGUUUAUCUCCUCACUUGUUGAAUGUUUCAUCGAUGAACCUAAUUGGUUUGAAUGUGAUUUUUUCAACAAACUGAACGAAAAUCGAUUCAAGCCUUCGCAGGGUACUUUAUAUAUAUUUUUGGCUGCUGUUGGCAGUGUGUUCUACACUGGAAAGUCUACUUAUGUGUCUGCUAAUUAUCGUAAUCCUGUGCGGUUUUUUGUUGAAUGGCUGACGACGUACGCAGCAGGGUCUAUCUCGCACACCAGCAACGUUAAAGAUGAAAAAACAUGUGACGAUCUGGGAAAGGGCCAGAAUGUCUAUGUGUAUACAUGGCAAGCUGAUCCUAAAACUGGUGCUCACUACUGUUAUCGCACGUCCAUGUCCACAACCAAAGUCAGCUCUCCAGCUUUCAGAAUAGAAGGCUAUGAUUUUUCCAACACCACGUACUCCACUUGGACAGAGUCGGUGUACGGUAUCGAUCAUUUGCGGCUUUACCUCGUUGAGCAAGAAUCUUUCGAGAAUGUGAUGCUUUGCUUGGGAGUGAUUGUAGCCCUAAUCUCGUUCUUGGUACGUUAUUGCACAGUCGUUGGUCGAUGCAGUGAAGAAUCGUUCAUUAUAGACGAAGGCGAGCGUCUUGCGGAAGAGGGUGAACCUUUAUAA